AUGCGCGGCGCCUCGAUCCAUACAGUAACACAUAUAAUGAGGGGUGGCGCCAGCAUCCCAAUUUUGCCUGGAGCAGCAACACCACUAAACCACCCGGUUUCCCAGCACCAGCAGGUGGUUUUCAGUAGAGGCAGCCCUUCCAGGCUCGCCAGGGGCCAGACCCACAACACCAGCCCUACCAGCCUAGGCAGGGGCAGCCAUUCCAGCAGCCCCAGCGCCAGUUUGCCGAGCCAGCAGCAGCUCCAGCCCCAGAUGACAGGAUGA